AUGCGUCCUCUGGCAGCAGACGAAAUCUCUUCUGGCAAUCACAACACCUUCCUAUACGGCUCAGCCUUGCCUCGAGGCGGUGGGUGUGGAUACAAGUAUCUCAUCAAGUCAUUAGAGAUCACGCAGUUAGAUGGGAAUCUUGGCAAGAUCCAAUUCAGGCAGUAUUCGCUAGACUAUCUACUCGAGCAUCAUGACUUCAUUGAAGUCGCAUAUCUGCUCAUUUGGGGGCAUUUACCUUCUUGCGCCGAAACGCAAAACUUUGAAGGCGAACUUUUCAAACAAUCAAAUCCCCCGGAUAUUGUAAUAGAGGUGGUCAGAAGUUUUCCCGGUAUCAUCCGAACUAUGUCGGCACUAUCAGUGGUGAUUGCCUUAACAUCCUGCCAUCAACAAGGAAAGCAAUUCAGAUCACCAGAUGCCAGAAAUUCAUUCGUGUGCAAUCAACUUCUCAUGAUGGGAAUAGUGAACUCUGAGACUGGAAAACCGGACUCAUGGGCAGAAAGGCAACUCAACAAACUUUGGAUCAUCUAUGCAGAUCAUGAAAUGACUAAUUCCACGGCUGCAUUCCUCCACGUUACGUCUACACUUGCCGAUCCAAUUUCCGGUUGUAUGGCGUCUUUACUUUCUGCAUCUGGGCCGCUCCAUGCAGGGGCGAUUGAUUUAGCAUACCGAAGUUUUCAACAAAUUGGGUCCAAGGAGAACGUCGCAAAACUGAUUGCAGAUGUAAAGGCCAAGAAACAAAGAUUAUUCGGUUAUGGGCAUCGAAUCUACAAAACAGUCGACCCACGCAUUUACCAUUUACGCAAGAUGAUGGAUGAUCUUGCAGUAAAGACCGCUAGCAAUCCGCUUCUUUCAAUCGCAAUGGAGAUCGAUCGAAUCGCUUCUCAGGAUACCUAUUUUACAUCUAGGAACCUCAAAGCGAACGCAGACUUGUAUGGCUGCUUCGUUUUUUCUGCUCUGGGGUUUGAGCCGGAGAUAAUCACUGCCGCAGCUGCGAUGGCGAGGUCGUCAGGCGUCAUGGCCCACUGGCGUGAGGCGAUGAGCCAAACAUAUGGCGGCCACAGCAGGUUUUCACCGGAGUGGUAUUAUGAGAUCUAA